GGUGUCUUGUCUUCUCUCGGGUUUGGGGUGCCACAUGUGUGACGGGAGCGCCAUGCGCCACGAGCCCUGCUGAGCCGGUGUAUCUCGCUUGUCCCUCUAUCGAGACGUGGUAGAAAAUGAGCAUCAACGAUCCGGCCACAGGUGACGAAGGGCCAGGAUCAUCAUCAUCAACAACAAUGGCGAUAGAGGCUCCUGAUAUCCAGGUCCAAGCCCGCGACCCUGCAUUGAAAUUACCGCCGCUUGUCCUCGACAACCCAAUGCCAGCAAUGCCAAACCCUGCAGCCGUCAUAGCUGGUCGUUCCAUGCACCAGAUCCAGCUAGAGAUGGAAUAUGACGCUGAAGAGAGCGACAACGAUGCCGAUCAGGGCCCCUCAAUACAAGGGUGGCCUGGAGGCUUGGAGCGGCACGCCAGCGACCACCCAAGCGAAACGGAAGAUCUGGCUAUGAGAGAAAUGCAUGCCCUAUGCGUCUUUGACGACGUGUCGGUGCCGCCAUCCGUACGACCCUGGUCGUAUCUUAUCGAGGCUCUGAGCCCACUUCCCACUGUGCGCAGAUGGGGGAGAUGGCGAUGGCGAGGAGAGCCUGCAUUUGGCGAAGUUCGAGUGGCCGAGGCAAUCAUGAUGUACGAGAGGGGGGUUGAGCAACGCACCAGCAAUCGGCGCUGUGGCCGCUGCCGAGCGGGACAGGGCAUCUCUCCUCAAUGCGUUGUGGCCCCUGAAGGAAUGGGCCAGGCGCCUGGCGUGACGGGACCAUGUAGCAACUGUCUCUAUGACGGAGUCGAGCACGGCUGCAACGUGUCUGGGAGAAUGACGCCAGUGUCAGGGAGCAGAGAUCGGGGCGGCGAGAGCAUGAGAGACCCAGACAAGGUUGUGGAUCACAUGGCUGUGCUCGAGCUGAUUGCCCAGCUCAAGAGGCCCUCUGGAACGCGACGAGACCACAGUCUUCCGGAGCGAGCACGGCGGAUCGAGGCUGCGGCCUUGCAGAUUGCCCAAGCGGCACGAGAUUGGCGGGAGAAGAUGGGCGUCCAAAGCUGAGCGAGGCUUGAGUGGCAGGUAAUGAGGAGGAAAGAUGGCACUGUUUGGCCUAAUAAUUGGCCAUGUCGGCCGAGAUCAGCUUCCAUGUUGGCGUUGUGUUGGUAUGUGAAUAGGGACGGGAAUAGGCAUAGGCAUAGGCAAUAGGCAUUGGUACACAUAUAUACGAAUGGUAAUGAGUGAACGAACAAACGA